ACUUCCAAUUGUAAGAAAUGUGUCCGUACUUUUGAUCGCAAUCAUCAUCACGAAACGACUACCCGUCAUUUUUGAAUUGUCUCAAGGCAAUCAAUCUGCUGAUUCUCACAGCUUGAAUUCCUACCAGAUUUCACCCAGGGAUUGCGCAUUGCGACAAUGCUUUCCUUUCUCCAGAACCCCCGCCAGGCAGCGGCUCAAGUGCUGAAUUUCGCCCUCAUUCUUUCUACGGCGUUUAUGAUGUGGAAAGGUCUUUCAGUAGCGUCAGAUUCUCCAUCGCCAAUUGUUGUCGUAUUGUCUGGCUCCAUGGAACCUGCAUUCCAGCGUGGAGAUCUCUUAUUUCUAUGGAACAGGAAUUUACUGGAAGAAACCAAGGUUGGGGAAAUUGUGGUUUACAAUGUCAAGGGAAAGGAUAUACCUAUUGUGCAUCGAUUGGUUAGAAAGUUUGGCGCAGGGCCCAAAGCGAAGUUAUUGACAAAGGGAGACAACAACGUGGCAGAUGAUACAGAAUUGUAUGCGCGUGGACAAGAUUAUAUUGAGAGAGAAGAUAUCAUUGGCAGUGUAGUGGGAUAUAUACCAUUUGUGGGAUAUGUUACUAUCUUACUCAGCGAGCACCCUUGGCUUAAGACUGUUAUGUUGGGAAUGAUGGUAAACAGGACCUCAACUUCCACUGCAAUUCUCGAAUUCCCUCCCUCCCCCAUAUCAACAUACCUACCCCGCCAUAAUUUGCAGCUACCUUCGAAGCUCUCAACCGUCAAGAUGGCAGCACGACGUAUCGCCAAAGAGUUCAAGGAAGUGACCGAUAACCCCAUUCCAGGCAUCAGCACAUCUUUAGUGAAGGAGGAAGACUUGCAUCAAUGGAAGGUCGAGAUGGAAGGUCCUGCCGAAACACCAUAUGCCGGUGGUUUAUUUGUUCUCAACGUCGUCCUUCCCAAAGACUACCCAUUCAAACCUCCCGUGGUCAACUUCGUAACUCGCAUUUACCACCCCAACAUUACCUUCGAUGAAAAAGGAUCAAUUUGCGUGGAUGAGUUGAAGCAAGACAAAUGGAAGCCUAGUGGAAAGAUUACAGCUAUUCUCGGGGCGAUCAGGAAUCUUUUAAUCACUCCAAACCCAGAUGACCCUUUAGAAAAUACGAUUGCGGAGAAGUUGAAGAAUGACGCGGAUGGUUUUGCAAAGGAAGCGAAGGAAAAUACAAAGAAAUACGCCAUGAAGAAAUGAAGAUUGGGCGGAAGUAUGAAUUAGGGGUAGCAAAUCGGCGCUGUAUGAAGGAAAGGAUGGAGGUUGCAUGAUCUCGAAAGGGAAACGAUAUGAGACGAAGUCAAAGACAUAUGACGAUGAACGACAGCGAUUUUCAGCAGCGAGAUGAUUGGCAUUGGCGUUUAAGGGUGCAUAGAAGAAAUUACUUUUACCGUAUCAGACAGCCAAAAAAAUCGGGAAUAUAAAUACAUUGCUUUUCCGGGGAAGAUGUUGCAUGAUUUAAACUGAGCUGAAUUCGAAACGGAU